AUGCAGAGUCUGGUUCUUCCUCGCCCGACCUCGUUCCUACCCACGCCGCUCGGGCAACACUCAGAGCCCGAGGACAGUCUGGCGAAGCUUCGUACGAAAUUCAGUCCUGGCAGGCCUGAACAGCAGAGCUAUCCAUCUCCUCCCAUGUCAGAACCUCAUUCACCGAGUCGUCGAUCAGCACAGACAUCGGAUCCCUCACGUUAUUCGUACCAUGGACCAGCAAGCGCAGCUCAGAGAACCGAAGCAAAUCUGCCCCUACCACCACCUUCAUCCACUCUGUUUGAUCCUCGAUCAGGACUGCCAGCUCAGGGUGUCUCCCAACAACGGCAGGUCUACCCCAACGAGCUGCAACCAAGAGGACAAUCGCUGCACUAUGCGCAUGGACGAGGUGUCCAGCACUCGCAAUACGGCAACGCACACGUCCCGCAGAGCUAUGGGUCCUCCUACUCAUAUUCCGGUGUCCAAUCCUACGGCGGAGGCCACCAUGCAGGGCCAAUGGCGCAGCAAGCGACGAUAAUUCCACCACCGCCCCUGAGAGCCACCAAGCCAGCAAGACGAACAAAGGCCCAUGUGGCGUCUGCGUGCGUCAAUUGCAAGAAAGCACAUCUCAGCUGCGACGUGCAACGCCCGUGCGGCCGAUGCGUUGCUUCUGGAAAACAGGAUACAUGCAAAGAUGUACAGCACAAGAAGAGAGGAAGACCACGCCUUCGAGACGAUAGAGACUUUUCGAGACCGGAAGAGGGAAGACCGCCGAACCAGAUCUUGGGCGCCGUGUCUGCAUCAGGGCCAGAACCGUAUUUCACACCGUACUCAGGACUACAUCCGCAACGAGCGCUAGACCCACCUCAGUUUUCUGGAAGAUCAGGGGAAGAGCACGUUCCGAACGUCUCGCAACACACUCCGGUGUCCAAUGGGGGCCUGCCGGUUGCUGCUUCGCCGUAUGCUGCGGGACCGAAUCUAGCGUACCAAGCUCUGCCAGUGGCCUUCCUCAAUCUGGACUUGGUCAUACAAAAGUCGAAUGAAGCGUUCCAAGAGCUAGUAAACUUCCUGGGGGACCUGCGCGGUAAGCAUCUUGGGGAGCUUCUCGAAACACGGCAAAACGAAAGCUUGCAGCGUCUCCGCAAUGAGCUGCAAGAAGAGCGGGAUCAACGCGAACCGACAUACAUGGCUCCUAUCACCCCAGUCGGCCAGGAUCCGUGGCGUCCAGUUAUGGAGUCUCUGGUGGACCGUGAUGUCGAUCACGUCAGUCAAGGCUCUGCAGACAGGCCGAUGUAUUUGAGUUUCCGGACAGCAAGUGGCCAGCCCCAAUCUCUCCAGGUCCAGAUCCGACUGGCAAAGACGUCGUUGUACUUUGUAACUCUGGUCGUGCGAUCACCACUAAGGCCAUCUGGUCCUUCUCUCCAGACCAAACAGCUCGGCCCGCCGACCCCAAUCCACGCAUCACAGACAAUGUCUGCGCCAACGACAGGACCCGUACGAGACUUGACGACGCACCAAGCUCGUCCCCCAUCGUCCACGGGUUCAGCACCGAGCUCGCCGUACUUUAACUUUUCGUCCGUCCGCACAUCUCUGCCCGCAUUCAGUCCCAGCUCUUACGGCAGCAGCCCAUCGUACAGGUACUCGCCGACCACAGGCGGCGCCGUAGAUUCAAGUUACUUCCCUCCCCCAGCGCAACUCGGAACUGGUGCAUAUCCCUCGCCGUACGCGCGUAACCCGUCCAUCACAUCGGAACCCUUGCGGCAAUUGAACCGCCCUGCUAACCUCGAGGGUCUGCAUUUACCCCCGAUUCGCACGGGUCCUGCGCCCCUGGGGUCGCCGCUGCAUCUCGAGCAUCCGGGCGCGACAGAACGCGAACUCGUGCGACGUCGCGCCUCGUCUCCGCGUGCUGACCAACGGCAGCCUGAAACGCCGCCAGAGGCGGGCAAACGUCGGCGCUUGAACAUUCAAGAGGUGUUGGAGUAG